AUGAAGAUUGCCUUGAUCCUACUCUCGCUGUGCACUUUGGCACAAGCCUUUGUGGCGCCCAAGAGUGCAUUUGCUUCUCCACAUGCCGCCGUUUCCACCAUGCCCCAGCCAACGGCACUGUUUGCCCACGACGACGAAGAUUCCAGUAACAAUGCGCUCUCGUUCCCUUCGGUGGCUACAACCACGGCAGCCCUUUGGUCAUUGACGGCUACCAUGGCUUCGGCAGCAGGACCCGACUGGGGAAUCUUUGAAGGACGCACGGGAUCCUUGCUGCAUCCCGUCAUGAUGGCUGGAUUGUUGGCCUUGAGCGUCUCCACGGCCUUGUUGGGAUUCAACUGGCGGCGUCAACGCACCCUUGGGGAUGAAAUCUCGGCUCUCAAAAAGACAUUGCCCGACUUGGGUGGAGCCAAAUCUUUGACAGAUGCCAUUGCCGCGGCCAAAUCCGAAGAAACGGUCAAUUUUGCCUUGGUCAAUAAACUGGAAGAUGCCUUGCCCAUUCAGGCCGAGAUUGCAGCCUUGACGGCCGAGCGAAAAGAACUGGCGCAGGGCAACAACCGUGACAAACAUUUCAGCCAAGGAGCUACUUUGGCCUUUUUGGGAACGGCGUUUGCAAUUGAAGGACCACUGAACACCUACGCUCGCGCUGGAAAACUGUUCCCUGGGCCCCAUCUUUAUGCUGGAGCUGGGUUGGUUGUACUGUGGGCUCUGGCUGCAGCUUGCGUGCCAGCCAUGCAAAAGGGCAGUGAUACUGCUCGGACCAUUCACAUUGGUGCCAACUUGGCAGGAAUUGGCAUGUUUGCAUGGCAAGUGACUUCGGGAAUCCCCAUUCUCUUCAAGGUUCUAGAGUUUACGAAGUGGCCUUAA